CUCUGAAUAGGAAGGGACCAUUUUCUUUGCCUGGCAGACUCAGCCCUAGAGAGAAGUGCAAGUUAUCUCCAGCAAAAUUCUUGGUUGUGAAUAGUCUAAAGACUGGAAGUCAGCAUGGCUCUCACCACCGCUUUCAAGGCUGUAACCAAUAUGCCCGGACUGAUCAUCUGGAGAGUUGAGAAAAUGGAUCUAGUAUUGGUGCCUCCCCAAACUCAUGGCAACUUCUAUGAAGGUGACUGCUACGUUCUCCUUUCAACCCGUAAAUUGGGCAGCACCCUUUCCUAUGAUGUUCACUACUGGAUUGGAAGCUGCUCCUCACGAGAUGAGCAGGGCUCUGCUGCCAUUUAUACCAUUCAACUGGACGACUAUCUCGGUGGAGUCCCAGUGCAGCACCGGGAGGUGCAAGGCUAUGAAUCUGAGCUCUUCAAGGGCUACUUUAAGAAAGGAGUCAUCUACAAGAAAGGAGGCCGGGCAUCUGGUUUCAACCACGUAGAGAGCAAUGUCUACAAUGUCAAGCGGCUUCUACAUGUCAAAGGGAAAAGGAACGUUAUGGCCAAAGAGGUGGAGAUAAGCUGGGACAGCUUUAACCUUGGUGAUGUGUUCCUCUUAGAUCUGGGUAAAAUCAUUGUCCAGUGGAAUGGUCCAGAAAGCAACAAGCAGGAGCGGCUGAAGGCUAUGCUUCUUGCCCAAGAUAUCCGUGAUAGAGAACGUGGAGGCCGUGCUCAUAUUGGAGUCAUAGAGGGUGACGACGAAGAAGCCAGUUCAGAUUUGAUGAAAGUGUUGGAGAGUGAGCUGGGAGAAAGGACUCAAGAAAUCAAACCUGCCAUUUCUGAUGAGGUGGUGGACCAACAACAGAAGGCCAGCCUCUUCCUUUAUUGGAUUGCUACAUUCUGGACCACAGUGGGAUGAAAAUCUAUGUCUGGAAGGGGAAAGGAGCCACUAAAAUGGAGAAACAAACAGCCAUGUCGAAAGCUCUGGUAUGCUUCCAUUUUUCCAAUUUUGUGCAUACAUGA